UCCACGUGUUAAUCACUCGUAGAAUGUUCAUUGGACUUGUAAUUCUAAUGAUAGCUUUCGCUCGCCAGAUGAACAAAUAGGGACUGAAAGCGAAUCUAGGCGUGGAUCUUACGUUCUACAAUAUUGUGCUACAGGUUAGUCAUGUGUCUACUAUACCCUAAGGUCGUUCGGUCCGCACCGAAUUUGCUUUUGCGUGCAUCAUAUCGGCGACCGAUGAAGGCACGCAUGCUCCGUCUUACCUGAUCCUAGAAAAUAGCAAGUGUAAAGUCGAGAUCUGAUCUACAUAGUUCUGGCUGAAUAUUAGCUUCUUCAAUUUUCUCCGUGGUUACAUACAUGUACUCAAUCUUGCAAUGAACACCCCGCACGAAGGGGUGGCAUUCCUCGGCCCUCGAGCCUCAUACACUCAUCAAGCUGCACUCAAGGCGUUUUCAGAUUCGUCAAAAUAUGACCUCCAGCCACAGGUAUCAAUUGAAGAUGUAUUCAAGUCCGUACAAUCUGGCUCAUGUGCAAGAGGCGUUGUUCCCUUCGAGAACAGUACAAAUGGUAGCGUAGUUUUCACCCUGGACCUUUUCGCGGAUGCCCAUCAGCGCUAUCCUGAUAUUCUCGUUUGCGGCGAAGUCUAUGUGGAUGUACACCAUUGCUUGGUCGGUCAUAUGCCAAAAGAGGCACAUUCUGCUGCUACCACGUCGGCGCUUACCAGUCCCCAUAGCAGCGGCCAUGCUACGCCUACGGCUGCUCACCCGAGCCCAGCCAUCCCGCGGGCCGUUCCUCUUGUGUCGCUAAAGGGCAUCAAAAAGCUGUAUUCGCAUCCGCAAGCUUGGGGACAGUGCAAUGCGUUCCUGACAACCUAUUUCAAGGGUAUCGAACGACAAGAUGUCUCAUCAACCUCUCGAGCUGCUGAAAUCGUAGCUGCCGAUACGUCCGGCGAGACGGCUGCGAUCAGCAGCGAAAUUGCAGCACAGGUACACGACCUCGACAUGCUUGCAAAGGGAAUUGAGGAUACAAGCGACAACAAGACACGUUUUUUUGUGUUACGGCGUGGGAACCACUCAGCCCAGAGCAAUGGUGACUCCAAUGGUGGAGCAGUUGACACAGACACUCCGGCAUAUAAGACACUGGUUUCAUUCACCAUUUCACAUAGCGAUCCAGGGGCUCUGGCAGAUUCUCUGGCUGUGUUCAAACCUUAUAAUAUCAAUUUGACGAGUAUCAAUGCACGGCCAAGUGGGAUUGCGUCUUGGAAUUACAUCUUCUUUGUGGAGGUGACGGGUCGCCGGCUAAAAGAAGAUACCGGUGCGGUCAAUGCUGCAUUGCGGGACUUGGAAAAGGUUGCGAGAGAAUGGAGAUGGUUGGGGAGCUGGGAGAACAUGUUGCUACCAAAAUGUCGGCCACUGGGAAAAAUUGAUGAGGUAUCUUGAUGCAGUAGUAUGCUGAGAGAAGCAGGGCAGGAAU